AUGAGUGAUCCAGAACCCUGCAGAAUGAAACACACUGAAGAUACUGAAGAACAAAGAGAUAUGAUUGAAGAGGAGGAGGAGAGUGAAGAACUGAGUGAAGUGGAGGAGGAACAUCAUGUCAAACCUGGAGAAAAACCUUUGAGUAGCUCAAAGACUAAAACAACAUUUUUAAAGAAAAGAAGAGCCAAGAAAUCUGCAACCUGCACUCAGUGUGGAAAGAGUUUCACAACCAAACAUAAUCUUGAGAAUCACAUGAGAGUUCAUACUGGAGAGAAACCGUUCACAUGUGAUCAGUGUGGGACGAGUUUCAAACGAAAAUAUCAUCUUAAUCAACACAUGAAAAUCCACACUGGAGAAAAGCCAUUCAAGUGUGAUCAUUGUGGGAAAGGUUUCACGGAAUCAGCAAAACUUAAGAUUCACAUGAGGAUCCACACCGGAGAGAAGCCGUUCAUGUGUGAAUGGUGUGACAAGAGAUUCUCACACAAGCGAUAUCUUAAGAUUCACAUGAGGAUCCACACUGGAGAAAAGCCAUUUGCAUGCAAUCAAUGUGGAAAGAGUUUCAGUCAAUCAGCACAACUUAAGAUUCACAUUCGGAUCCACACUGGAGAAAAGCCAUUUAUAUGUGAUCAGUGUGAAAAGAGUUUCUCAUGCAAAAACAAUCUUGAUGUUCACAUGAGAGUUCACACUGGAGUGAAGCCGUUCACAUGUGAUCAGUGCAGCAAAACAUUUCUUACUUCAUCACACCUGAAGAAACACCUGACUGUUCAUACGAAGGAGAAACCACAUUCAUGUUCUGUGUGUGGAAAGAGUUUUUCACUGCUGAAAUAUUUACAGAGACAUCAGAAAAUUCAUACUGUUGUAAGAGAUUAUAUGUGCUUUGAGUGUGAGAAAACUUUUACUACAGUGAACUAUUUAAAACGGCACCAGAUGAUCCACACUGGAGAAAAACCUUACAAGUGUUCACACUGUGAAAAGAGAUUCAGUGAUUCAUCAAAACUGAAAAGACAUGAGAUGAUCCACACUGGAGAAAAACCUUACAAGUGUUCACACUGUGACAAGAGAUUCAGUCAGUCAUCAUCUCUGAAAACACAUGAGAGGAUUCACACUGGAGAGAAGCCACACACAUGUGAUCAGUGUGGAAAGAGUUUCACUAUUAAAAGUAAUCUGAAGAUACACAUGAAGAUCCAUGCAGUGGAGAAACCACAUCACCACAGUCUGAAAUCACAACCUGAUGGACGUGAACAAGAAAGGAAAAACAGAAGAGAAAACAUCUGUCACCUGCCCUCAGUGUAAAAAACAUUCACAUGUAAAUCAAGACUGAAGAUUCAUGAGAUUCACACUGGGGAGAAGCGGUUCAGACUUUCUCUCUGAAAAAAAACUUUGAAGGCAAAGCUGAAGAAGAUGCCAUAACACUCUUAAGGGAGACAUGAAUUUAACUCGUUCUUCAUUGUGUUUCAUAAGAACAUCUUGUUUCUCUUCCACUUCUACUCUUCCAUGCAAAUGUAAGAUAUGCUUUCAUGUAGCUUUGAAACUGAACACUUACUUCUCUUCUUCUCUUGAUGUGAUUUGACUCUCUUAUAUAAGCCAUAAAGAGAGAGAUCUGUCUCAUUCAUUUUCACUUUUACUUGAUCGAUUAAACUCAUUAAUCUUUUUACCAACAA